AUGUCAAGAGAUUAAUAAAGUGAUGAUUAAAUGGAAUAAGAAAUAUUUAAUGAUUAAUCGGAUGAAGAACUUUCUGAAGACGAAAAUAUAAAGCAUGAAAACACUACCUAAAAUUAGGCUCGAUCUGAAUUAUUUAACCCUAAUAGUUUAAAUAACAAACGAAAAUGGAAAGAUCUUGAAAAUAAGGUAAAAAAGGAAGGAAAAUUUACAGAAGAAGAAGGUUAAUAAUUAAUAAAAUCAUUACAAAAUUAUGCUAUAUUAAAUCAAUUAAGCGAAAGUUAGUUUUUGUAACUUUUUUCUUAAAAUUUAUAAAGCAAAAAAAGUGUGUGGAAUUAAAUAUCUGAAUGCUUACCUUAAAGAAGUAUUUUAAGUUGUUACAAUUAUUGUAAAAGAAAAUUUAAUUAAAAUAAUUAUAAAGGAAAAUGGAAUUAAUAAGAAACUUAAUAACUUAUAAAUUUAGUCAAUUAACAUGGAAAUAAAUGGAAAUUAAUUGCAAAUAUUAUGGGAAAAACCGCAACAAAUAUAAGAGAUAAAUAUAAAUAAAUAGGAUAAGAAAAUUUUAAUUAACGAUAAUAAGGAUUUUGGAGCUUAGAUGAAUUAAUUAAUUUGAUAAAAUUAAUUCAAUAAAAAGUUAACAUUAAGGUGUUAUAAAAUAGAAAAGAAAUGAAAAAAGAAUACAAUGAAAAGGCAUAAGAAUAUAAUGAAAGUUCUGUUUAAUAAUAUAAUAAAGUAAAAAGAGUUCGAAAAUUAACUGAUUCUGAUAAAAAUACAUAAUUUGUAAUAAAAUAUAUUGAUUAUGAGAACUUUAAAUUAUUAUAAGAAAAAUAAAUUAAAUGGACUGAAAUAUCAAAAGAAUUAAAAACAAAAUCAAAAGAUGAUUGCAAAAAUAAAUGGAAUUAACAUAUUUCUAAAUUUCUUUUUCAAAAAUAUUGUUAGUUUACAUAAGAAGAAAUUAAUUAAA